CUAGAACAGAGAAACGUGGCGACGAGAAAUGAGAUAUAGAAAGAAAGGGGGAGGGGUGAAUGGGUGUGGAAAAGAAAGGCCAUGGUCACAAGCACAAUGACGAUGAGCGUGUGUAUGACAUCAACCACCAUAACCAGUCUCUGUUUCCCUCGCUACCGCUCUCGCUGUCACUCUCCAGUUCAAAAUAAAAUCUAUUUCCCCCGUCGAUUCGUUUCCAAAUUAAACAUUGAUGCGGAGGACGAGGUUCAGACCCGCGUUUGGAAUUGGAGGGGUUACUCUAUUCGCUAUCAACAUUCUGGGAACAAUGGUCCUGCGCUACUUUUAGUCCACGGUUUUGGAGCUAACAGUGACCACUGGAGGAACAACAUUUCAGUUCUUGCUCAAUCUCACCGGGUCUACGCCAUUGAUCUCAUUGGAUACGGAUAUUCAGAUAAACCAAAUCCUCGUCAAAUAGGAGACCAUUCUUUUUACACUUUCGAAACGUGGGCCUCUCAAUUAAAUGAGUUUUGUCUUGGUGUCAUAAAGGAUGAAGCAUUCUUUUUAUGCAAUUCUAUUGGAGGAGUUGUUGGUCUUCAAGCAGCUGCGGUAGCACCACACAUUUGUCGGGGCAUUAUCCUUCUCAAUAUAUCUCUUCGUAUGCUUCAUAUAAAGAAGCAGCCUUGGUACGGAAAGCCUUUCAUCAGAUCAUUCCAGAGAUUGCUUAGGGAUACUGCUUUAGGAAAAUUCUUCUAUAAAACUGUUGCCACAAAAGAAUCUGUAAGGAACAUUCUUUGCCAGUGCUAUCAUGACACCUCCAAGGUGACAGAUGAGCUAGUGCAGAUCAUCCUUGGUCCAGGUCUGGAACCUGGUGCUGCAGAGGUAUUUCUUGAGUUCAUUUGCUAUUCAGGUGGUCCUCUUCCCGAGGAACUACUACCUCAAGUAAAGUGCCCGGUUCUGAUAGCAUGGGGUGACAAGGAUCCUUGGGAACCAAUUGAGAUUGGAAGAAAUUAUGAAAAUUUUGAUUCUGUUGAAGACUUCAUUGUCCUUCCUAAUGUUGGACAUUGCCCCCAGGAUGAGGCACCUCAUCUUGUGAACCCACUUGUAGAGUCAUUUGUGGCACGCCAUACUAAAUCCUCAUCCAGUACCUCAAUUGUUAAUUGAUUCACUAUUUGUCAGUUUGUUGAUGCUGCUCAACUCAUUGAAAUUGUGUACAUAUCUCCAUUGGCUUCCAUUAAGAUUGAAUUUCAUUUUUUGUAUAGUUACAAAUUGUGACCUGUUUAUGUGAGACAAUUCAUCUAAUAUGAUUAGCAACCUUGGAAUCUUA